UGAAAGUUAACUAACGGCAGCAAGGACGCGCCUAAGGCAGAGAUUUUUUCUCAAAUAUGAAUGUUAUUUGAGUCCAAAUUGAAAUUAUAAUAAGAAAUAACCUGAAGUUGAACUGUCGUCGCUCAGAAACAAAAUGGGAAUGGUGCAUUUGUGGUUUGUGAUGCUGUGUGUGUCAUCAUGCACUGCUGCUUCUGUUUCGGACAGCCUUGUGGUGGUGGUGGGUUCUCCUCCCGCGGUGCCUCGCGGCGGCAGCACCACGUUGCCGUGCUGGAUCACUCCACCACAGAGCGCAGAGCCUCUGGAGGUGCGUUGGCACCGCGGCGACUUCGACUCUCCCAUCCUGCACUACCAGGAAAACAAGUUUGUGGACACGUCCAAAGAAGCCUCGUACGUUGGUCGAGUGUCGUUUGGUUCGAAGGAUGCCGCGUCCGGAGGGCUGAAGACGGGCGACGUGAGCCUGAAGCUCACCAACGUCACUGUUGGUGACGCAGGAAGUUACUUAUGCUAUGUCAGCAGUGACCGAGGUUUUGACAGUGCAACUGUUAGUCUGUCUGUGAUUGAAACUGGAAACAACCCUCUCCUGUCGAUGGUGUGGAAAGAAAACAGCAUGGUAAACGUGAGCUGUGAGUCUGAAGGCUGGUAUCCACGGCCCGUCAUGCGCUGGUCCGACCAGGAGGGAAGUCUGGCUGCAAACGUUUCGCACCGUGAAGAUCCAUCUGGUCUUCAUUCGGUCCGCGGUUGGGUUCUUGUUCCCAGCAACUCGCAGGUUUCCUGCUCAGUCGGACACAAUAAUGAAGAACCUAAAGUGGCCCGAUUCAACCUGGGAGAUCCUGCAAUAAAGGAACAAUCAGACAGUGGAAGUGGGGGAUGGGUGGCCUUUGGGCUGCUCUUUGCUGCCACGGCCAUUGUGUCAGCUGUACUUGGAGCAAUGUACUUCAGAAAGAGAGGCAGAAAAUCCAAACGCAAACAAGAUGAAACUGAAGGGCAACCACUGAUGUCAAAAGCUUCACCUACAGUGCCACAGAAUCACUUUGAUCCAUCAGCAUUUAACAGCAACUAUGUGAACGUCACACUGGAAGACAGAAAGAAUCAGUAUGUCAAAGUCAGUGGUACAAAACUGAGAGAUGCCAAUCCUUGUGAUUUUUCUGGUGAUUUUCCUGAUGGGCAGAAGGUUACCUGUGUGACAGCUGUCAAAGGAACACCUGGCUUCUCCUCUGGACAACACUACUGGGAGGUUUCUCUGAAGCAUCCAAAUUUGCCUGAUCCCAAACGGUCCUGGUGGCUCGGAGUUACAAGCGCUUCUGAGAUUCCUCAUGAGGCAGAUUUUUCUCCAAACACAUCCAAUGGUUUCUGGUUCUUGUCUUCUUCCAGAGACGUAGAAAAUAAGCUUCAAAUCAGCACAGAGCCACAGUUUUCACUGCCUGUCCAUGAUAGACCGUGUACGGUUGGUGUGUAUUUGAAUCGUGACAGUGGAGAGCUUUCCUUCUACAACGUGGAGAAAAAAUGUCUGAUUGGAUCUUUAACUGCUGCUUUCACAGGGGAAGUGUUUCCACUGUUUAAUCCUGGAAAAGGUGAUCCAUCAGUUAUGGAGAUUUUGCACAGGACAGAACAAACACAGGGAGACAGUGACACUGGGAAUCAUGUAGCUUCUCCAGAACAAGAAUAAGUCUUCAUAUGAUCUUAGUAACGACACCAGAUACAACUGAUACGAUUCACACCGACACAUCAUCGCUCAUUUAUAGUUUGCUGUGGAUUUAAUCAUUAGUUAGCAUGUUUUGAGGUCUGCAUGACUUUUUUUAAGCAUAUUGUAGUUUUCCUGUCUUUUACACAUCAUUGAGACUGUACAUGUGUUUUUUAAGCUCAGGAUUGUUCUGUAUCUGAAAAACUGAAGAACUUUUGCUUGUGCUCCUCUCCUCUAUGGCAGCUCCAUAAAUUAGAUGUUCAACUUGUUUCAUUUUUCUGAUAUAAUGCUUUUAUAUUGUAAACACUUAUGUAUGAAUGAUUUGUGUGGACAAGUAGUUUUAGGCUCAAGUCAGUGUCGGGGUGUUGCUGAGUCGCCUGCAUAAAACUAUCCGGACUUUUCUAAUAGUAUUUCAAUGGUCAGUUCUUCUGAAACUUUUUAAGACACAAAAGUAUCAAAUGAACACAGCUCUGUGUUAUUUAUAUAUAAUUAAACCUUUAUGAAAACAGUAAAACUGACCAAAUAUGCAUCUGUCUUGACUUAUCGGUUAAAAAUUCAACUGAGCAAGAUUUAUUACUGACUGAAUUCCUGUGGGACGAAGUUGUUCUUGUUGACGGAUCUCACACUUUGUUCAAUACUACUUUCUCUCAGUGUAUUCUGAUAUUUACUGGUUUGCAUGUUAUUAGUAUUAGUACAUUAUCAAAUAUAUAGUGCAGCCUUCGACAUUCAUCUGCAACCUGUCCUUUCUAACUGGUACUUUUACUUCAACAGUGAAAACCGCAAAAGUCUUUGGGGUAUCUUUGUGGUAACCCUGAUAUAACAAACACUCUUCCUAUUUUCAAGUGACAAAAGAAAGUUAUCAGAAUCAUUAUCCAGUCGAACUAUUGAAUUCAAAAUAACAGAAUAUGAAAAAGGAUACAAAUGGGUUUGUUUUGCUGCAGUACUCAGAAGCUGUAUGAGAUGAGAGAGAGUUAGUUAGUUAGUUAAGUUUAUUUCAGUCAUCUUUUUACAGGAAAACACAAGAAACAUAAUUCUUACACUUAAAACAAUACAUUGACUGAAAGGGUAUAGGCAGAAGUUUAUCACUUGUAUCGCCUACCCCUAGCAACAUAAUUAUUUCCAUGACAGCAACAAAAUAUAUUUUCAAAAAGAAAAUAACUAAAGAACUACAACCGAUCUAGUUCAUCCAGCUGUUGAUUCUUCUUCUCCUGAUUUAUUUAUUUAUUUUUUUUUUAAAUUUCACCUCUCAGCGUGUCUUACCCUCACACAUCCCGCACCCACACACUAUUCUAUGUUCAAAUCACACCCAAUUUUUCACACCCACACACAAACACACACAAACACACACGAAAUUAGAUUACAGUCAUUUUUGUACUUUAUAUGGUUUCCAGGGUAUCUUAGUUUAAACAGUAGUUCUAUAUUUAUUUAGAAUGCUGGCCUUAUACUUUUUUUGAAAAGUAUGAAUAUUUUUGGAGCCCUUUACUAUAUCGUCCAGAUCGUUCCAUAAAUUGACACCUCUAAACGAAACGCAUCGACUUUUCAAGCUGGUCCUCACUGAAGCUGUUUUGAAAAUCAUGUCCCCUCUCAAACUGUACUGUCUCUCUCUGGGUUUGAACAAGACUUGGAUAUAGUGAGGGAGCAUAUUGUUAUGAGCCUUAUACAUGACUAGAGAGUGGUUAUAAUCUGAGGGAAACUGAGCUUUGCAAACCAGCCAAGGUGAGAACUACGAUAAAGCAGAGACUGUUUCUGUCAGAGGUGUCAACCUGAGGAAAAGCUGUGAAGAAAAAUUACACUUUGUUGACUUUCCUCAUUUGAGAAAUGUUUAAAAUUAUAGCUCUCAGAAAAUAUUAAAAUCAUUACAAAGGAUGAGUAUUUCAAAUAAUAAUACCUUUGAUUGCACUGACCUUUGAGUUUUUUUCCCUUAUUUGUUAUGGAACUUUGUAUAUUAUACAUUUUUUUUGGAUGAAAUGAAGUUCUGAAACUGCUUUUGUGACAAAUUUAGAUCUUCAAGUUAAUGAGUUACCUUCUUGUAGUUGCUUGAGUUGUUUUCUUUUCUUUUUUUCUUUCGCUUUCUUUGUAGAAAGGGUAGGAAGAAUAAGAGUUCAGCCUGCAUCUUUUUCAAUUAGCACCUUUGUAAGCUGCGUUCAUUGUAAAAAAAAAAAAGCCUUUUGCUAAUUGAAAUAGUACACAGUAGUUUAUUCAACCUAUUUUUGUUAUUCCUGCAUGUAAAUGUAAAAAAAAAAAAGUGAUUUUGUGACUGUCAUGAGUUUGAAUAAACACAAUGAAUCAGA